GAAUUUUUAGAACCGAAUUUUUUCAGACAAGGAUUUGACUCAAUGUCAGUCCUCCAAUCUUUAAAAGAUGCAACUUCGGUGAAAGAGAAAGAAUGGAGAGAGUUGUUAGAAAUGAGCAUUGAAAAGUUGGAAUCAGAGCUGGAGCAAACCAAAAAAGCUCUUGAAGAAGAGCAGACGCGGUUUCUAGAACUCAAGACAGACUUCAAGCAUAACUAUGCGCUGUUGCAAGACAAAGAAAGCAAGUGCAAUGGACUACAAAUGAAAUUUGAGCAGAUGAAAGAGGCAAACGAAAAUUUGAAGAACGACUACAACGACAUUUCUGAAACAAAUGAAAAGUUACGAUCACAAAUCGACUAUGAAAGGACUUCAAUAGAAGAAAUUCGGGUAUUUUUCAAAGAUUCGAUUGAUAGACAAUCUAAAGAACACGAGCGGACGAGAAAGGAACUUGAAAAGUACUACACAGAGGAGAUAGAAGUUCUACAGAAAACAAAAACUUCGUUGAUGAAAGAUUUAGCAUUGCUUGAAGAAAAUUUCAAUUCGCAGAAAGAUCAAUACAUUGCUGAACACGAGGAAAAGUUCUUUGAAUUAAGAACUGAAAACGAUGAGAAGUUUUCGUCAAUGGAGCAAAAGAUAUUCACUUUAGAACUAGAGAAAGAUAUGCUGUUUAAGGACAUGCAAACUUUGACUGCGGCUGCCAAUAGCUUACAGAGAGAGCUAGAAGAAAAAGACGGUUCUAGUAAUGAGUUGAAAACAAGCAAGAAGACAUUGGAGCUAAAACUGAAAGAUUUGCAAAAGGUGCACCAAGCCCAUAUAAAGCAGUCUCAAUAUGAACUAGCUGAAAUGAACGAAAAGUUUUCUAAACAGGCCAACAAUUCGGAAUUCAAAAUCUCAAAUCUUAAAGAUACGUUAUCGAAAAGUGAAAUGGCAUGUAAAGAAUUGAAAAUUGAGACGAAUAGUCUAAAACAGCAAGUAAAUGACCAGAAAAGAUCCCAACUGUCAGAAAUGCAAAUCAAAGACGAAGAAGUUUCGAGGCUGAAAAGUAGGUUCGAAUCAGAUUUGAUGCAGAAAGACUCGUCGCACGAAAAGUUGUUUGAUGAAAAACGUAAAUUGCAACAGGAGCUGGAGCUGUGUACUAUAGAGAAAGACAGAUUGGCAAAAAUGUUGAACGAAGAAGGAAAACAUUGCCAGGAAAAGUUGGAUCGAAUGAAAUAUGACCUGAAAGUCAAAAACGAAGACUUGGAAAGGUACAGAGGUGAGAUUGCAGUGAAUCUUGAAAAUAUUCGAGCCUUACAACAAGAAAUGGAACAAAAAGAUUUAGACUGGAGUAGAAAAUGCGAACAGAUUGAAGCUUCGAGUUAUGAAAAAUCAGAAGCGCUCGUCAAAACGCUUUCUGAGCAUCGUUCAAAAAUGUCUGUUGAGAUAUCAGAGCUGAAGCGCGCAGUGAAUGCAAAAACUCACCUAGUCCAUUUACUCAAGAAAGAGAGAGAUUGCAGUGUUUUAACGUUAAGAAGGCACAAUUUGUCUGUAGAUUUUGACAUUCCUAUCAAGGAUUCUCAGGUUGAUUUGGAUGGUCUAAAGUCAAUCGAAUUUGAAAGGAUGACCGAUCAAAACGAAAACUUACGGGAAGUUAUCAAAAAAAUGAGAGAAGAAAUGGUAAAUUUCAGUAAAGAAACCGACACCAAGCACCGUCGCGAAGUGCAAAAGCUAACGAACAGAAUAACGGAUUUGCAACGCGAGGUGGACGAAAAAAGCUCAAAGUUGCAACAAAUUCAGUCGAGCAAUCGAACUUUUGAAACUGAACUGAAUAAACUCAGAAGCAAAAUUGAGAGCCAAAGUACUGAUGAAAACGUUGACAACUCGAUUGCUACAGAGAAGUUCUCAGACAUGCAAUAUGAAUUGAUGACGCAAAAACGGAAAUCAGCCAGUGAGAUCAAGAGUUUGAAAUCUCAAUUGGAAUUGGCAGAAGAAAAAAUAGAGAAGCUUAACCAUGAAAAGGAGAGUUUGUUUCAUAGGUUGAGAACAGGGCAGCAAAAUUCAACAAGUUUUGGUCAGUCAAUGAAAAACCAUGAAGCAGAGUAUAUAGUCCAGCUGAAUAAUAAGUUGAAGACUGCGGCAAAACACAUAAACUAUCUGGCCAAGGAGAGGCAGAGGCUCAUUGCAGCUUGCAACAAACUCAGAGCUGGUUCUCUAGAUGCUCCAACUAAGUCGCCAGAAGCGCAAAAAGGGGUGUUCAAAUCGCGUCUGGAUGAAAUCCAACAGUUGCAGUACGAGCUGGCUCGGAAGCAAUUAGCGGAGAAUUUUGAAGGCGAGACAGGCGGUGCUGGUAGCUUCAACCAAAUUUCGGUUGAUGAUGAGUCAAAUGAGAGACCGAAAAGGAUCGACUCUCCUAUUUUAUCCUCUUCGCGCGGCACUUCACCAUCCCAGACAUUAGCAAGAAUGCAAAGUAAUGUGAGGAGAAACAUUGGACCAGAAAUGCAUUCUUCCUCUUCGGCAGUUGAAUCAGAGCCAACUCCAGACAGAAGAAGAAAGGUGGACCAAGGUGCGGUUGAUGUUAUGUCAUCAAUCGGUGCAGAAGAUACGACGCUUCAGAAUAUAAUGAAAAUGGUUGACAAGGGUCCCGAGUCAUUCACACCUAUGAUGGCAUCCUUGAACUCUUCAGAUGGGACUAUGUUAAACAGAUUCGCAUCAGGGAAUCAAAUCUCGGAAGCACAAGAACACCAAAGGGUUACAGAAGGAAACCAUACACCAGGGAGUAAGCCUGGUCAAAACCUGGAAGUUGUUGGGAAGUCAGAAUCGAUUGCAGCAGAAAAAGAUCGUAAACAAGUCACUAUGUCACUGAAAGCCCAGGGAAAGUUAGCCGCAGCAGAAACAAGAAAGAGAGUUGUUAGAAAUUAUAAUAACAAAUCGGAGGAAUAAACUUAGAAAAUGCCAUAGACCCAAAUUUUCAACCGUAUUGUAUUAUAGUGUUUAUGAUUGUACAUAUUUUUCUUGCCGAUAUCUCGUGUUAAUUUACUCUUUAUUGACGUUUG